CUCCUUGUGGGUCUUCAUCACACACAGCUCAUUAUUGGUCAUCUCCGAGCUCCCAGUCAUCUCCCCGCUUGUCUUCAUCACAUGCAAUGGAAUCUGAUUGGUUACCAUCACACUCAUCUCAUCAGUCAACACCGUCAUCCCGCCCGGUGCCAUCUAAUCAGUUCUCACUCUCUGCACAAAGGUCCCACCUAAGCUCUAAAAAUGCUACAGAACUAUUCAAGCCAUCUUUCAGAGUGGGACAGUCUGAGAUGGAGCACAUACCUUGCUCUGUUGCUGAACGGUAUAUGCUACAGCUGCUUGAAUAUCAGAAACAGCAGCUAAACAAACUAAUGGCUAUGGUCAGCUCUCUGCCUGGGAGAACGACCAAUGAAUGUCCUGCUGAACUGCCCGAAGAUAUUCAGUUUCCCUUUGCCUCAAUUGAUGACGUGCAAAACUUUGAAGAUUGGCUGAAGGCUCCUCACAAUCGCUCACAGAGGAAGAACCUGAUCACAUUUUUAGCCUGCAUUGGGGGAAAAGACACAAAGUGGCUAACCUGGAACAUUCUUUCACACAUCUACGCUAAACAUUUGGCCCUCCAGAUUUGCUGGAAGGGAACAACAGGCAAGCUCUCAUUUAAGCAGAUGGAAGCAACAGCAACAAUGAUCCGCUGUGCUGUACGCAAAAACCAUGUGGCAAAGCAAGCAACAGAUGUCGACAUUGACAAACAUAUCAUGAAGUGGUUCCAUUUGGGCUCAGACAACACCCGCAGGGGAAGUCGCCAGAGUCGAGCACAGGUAAGGAUUAAGGGUAUAAAAUGAUUUCAGCAUAAACCAUGAAAAUUGGAAAGCAGUGUUUUUGAAACAAGUAUAGAAUAGUGACAA